GCGUCGCGAAUUGUGACGACCCCAACCCCCGAAAACACGUGGUUUUCGAGCAGCCGGUGUGGCAAACCUCCAGAUGUUUGCUGGUGAAGUCAGUUAUGCUUAGAAAUCUCAAACAUUGCGUUUUUGGUUAAUCCUGGCAGUAUUUCAGAUGCUUUGCUUUAUCCCGAUAGCCUAUAACGUUAUCAAGAAAUAUUUAAACUCUUCCUUCAUACAGCUUGAGGAGGAUGCACCAACCACGGAGUCCAUAGACUCUAAGCCGGCUCCGAAAGAACUGAAGGGUUGGGCUCCGUGGCUGUUUUGGAUCCCGGCUGCUUGUGAUUUAACUGGGACUACACUCAUGAAUGUUGGGCUUCUAUACACACCGGUAUCGAUUUACCAAAUGACGCGGGGUGCGCUUGUGCUCUGGGUAGGAUUAUUCUCUGUGAUGUUCCUGAGGCGUCAUCUGUGGCUAUACCAGUGGCUUUCUUUGUUAACUGUCAUGGCAGGCGUGUCCCUUGUCGGGCUUUCUGGGUCCCUCGCAAAGAAUGAUGCCCCAAAUUCUUCGGAGGGUAUACAUCAGCUGUUAGCUCGUAUGAUGAGCAGUGAGGGAACUUCGGAGCCUGCGACGGUGUUCGUCGGUAUUCUUUUCGUCCUCUUUGCGCAAAUAUUCACUGCCACUCAGUUCGUUGUCGAGGAAAAAAUUAUGCAUGUUUAUUCUGUGCACCCCCUACUCGCGGUUGGAUAUGAAGGCGCUUUCGGAUUCUUCACAAUCCUGCUCGCCUUUCCAAUUCUUACUAAAUAUAAAUCUUACUCUACUUUCUUCGAUCUUGCUGCUGGCUGGGACCAAAUUAUCCACAACGAGACUGUGCUUUACACCUCGAUCGCCAUAGCCAUCUCCAUUGGUCUCUUCAACGCGUUUGGGCUGGUGUGACGAGGCAUGUAAAUGCAACUGCGAGGAGCACAGCCGAUACGUGUCGUACGAUUGGGAUUUGGAUUGUUAGCUUGUUCCUUGGCUGGGAACACCUGCUCUGGCCCUCAACUCUAUUGCAGCUUCUGGGAUUUGCUGUACUCGUUUACGGAACAGUGCGUCGAUGCUCAUGCAAGGGACUUGCGGCCCGAUUUUGCUGACAUCCGGUCUUUUAGUUUGUAUUCAAUGAUUUGACGGAACCACCCUCAUUUCUCAAGCCCACCAACGUGCCAGCCGUCUCUGUCGAUCUCGUU